AUGGUUGCAGCAUUCAAAAAAACUGUACAUGAUGAGCCCAGCAGCUCUGAGGAAGAAUCCCAGGAGAGUGAUGAGGAAGACUCUGAGGUUGUCGAAGACCGAAGGUACGGAGCCAUAGAGAGGACCCCCUGUGUUGUGCAUACACUGCAACUCGUGGUGAACAUGAUCCAGAAAGAUUUGAGUGUCAAACCACUCCUUGACAGAAUACGAGUACUUGUCCGGCUCUUCCGCAAGUCGUCUGUGGCAAUUCAGCGACUGCUAAAGCUGUGUGGACUCACUCUGGUCAAAGACUGCCCUACUAGAUGGUCCAGCACAUACCUGAUGAUAUCACGCCUUCUCCAAGUGAAGGACUCCCUUGUUCAGGUAGCUGAUGGAAUGGGCUGGGACUGUCUACUGCCAAGUGAGUGGCAGAAGCUCACUGCUCUCAGAGAUCUGCUCCUCCCCUUUGCUGAGCACACCCAGAUGCUCCAGAGUGACACAAUGUCCUUAUCCCUGGUGUUGCCCGCCCUCCUGGACCUGAAUGCUCACCUCUCUGAGUUCCCUGAGGCCCAGGGUUCUUGCCACAGGGACCUAGCUUCCCUGUCACAGAAGAUGAAGGAAAACAUGGGCCAACGCUUCAGCUGCUUUCUUGAUCCCAGUGAUACAAAAUUCUCUCCCCUCAUUGCUGCAGCAUGCUUCCUCGACCCUACAGUCUCAGCCGAAGCACUCAUUGAAAAUGAGCAUGACGACGUACAAAUCCAGGAGCUUCUGAGAAAAGCAGAAGAUUACAUUGCUCAGAUGGUGUCACCAGUAAUACGGGAGGAGGAGACUGAUGAGGAUGAAGAAGAAAGGAGAGAGAGGAUCAGCAAGGACAACACAACAGUAUUGCACCAAUGUGAGAGUCUAGGCUAG